AUGAAUCCUAUCAAAUUCUUUUCCCUUACUCUUGUAAUUUAUUUCACCGCGGGAAUAUGCUUCAACGACGCAUCACCCGUGACAAUGACACCCAAUUUUGAUAAUGAAGUCGAAUUCGUUGAAAAUCAAACUACUCCUGAUGUAAAUAUCAAUAAUAAAAUCGAUCUUCCAUUUUCCUACCCCAUCGAUCUAGAUAAUGAUGAAAUAGGGCUUUACGAAUCUGCAGACCCAGCCCUAUUACCAGAUGAAGAUAUUUCUGAUAUUGAAUCUAAUCGACAUCGCGGUGAUCGUCGAGGGGAUCGUUAUGGAGGUCGUCGAGGAGAUCGUUAUGGAGGUCGUCGAGGAGAUCGUUAUGGAGGUCGUCGAGGAGAUCGUUAUGGAGGUCGUCGAGGAGAUCGUUAUGGAGGUCGUCGAGGAUAUCGUUAUGGAGGUCGUCGAGGAGAUCGUGGAGAUCGUUAUGGAGGUGUUAGAAAUUAA